GUGUAAGCUAAAGCCAAAUCAGUGCGCUAAUCUUAUUCUUUCAUAUUUCGAUAAGACCGAUGGAGAUAAACCUAGUAUAUAUUGAUGUAAUAUAUCGUCUGACUUGAUUCAGUCUCAAUUCUCAUGUUUAUGAAUAACAAUGGUCUAUAAAAUCGCAAUAAUUUUUGCAUUGAGCACUUUGGUCGGCUCCGGACUGGCCAACGUAUGUACUGACGCAGGUUUAACUACCACCGAUGGAUUCCUCCCGCACCCAACAAACUGUUCAAUGUACAUAAGUUGCUAUGGAGGACAACCAUUCGAAGUGUCUUGUCCCACUGGAUAUAAUUUCAAUCCCACUUUACUGAAGUGCGAUUCCAAGUAUGUGUGCGUUGAGAACACCUGUCCACCAACGGGAAUUGUUAUUCAGCCAAUCGAAGGUUCGUGCACUGAUUACACUCUGUGCAUCGGAGGGGCAGCGUAUCCUCAGCAAUGUGAAACGGGCCUCCAAUUCGAUCCAGCAACUUUGAAGUGUAUACCUGCUGAGGAAGCCCAGUGUCUGGAAAACCAAUGCGAUCCAGCUAUUCCGCCACCGCAAUUCUUCGUCAAUCCAUUCGAUUGUACGACAUUCUUCAUUUGUGACGAAAACUUCCUACCAGUGGAGUUCCAAUGCGCUAACGGAACCAUCUUUGACGAAACCGUUAAUGAUUGUAUCUUGGGAGAUACCUGUCCGACUGAUGUCACAACAACAACACCCGCGGUUGAUACUACAACAACAACAACAAUUAACACGACAACAGAAGGAACUACAACAACAGAAGAAACUACAACAACAGAAGAAACUGUGGCGCCGUAAAAUGUUACGUUUAUUCUAACAGAACACAAAUAUAAUUGCCCAAGAAUGGUCGCACCGUGCACUUUCAACGUUAGUGAGUCAUCGUUGAUGCGACUUCUGGUGCGACUGUUCUAGAGCAAAACAGCAAUCUUACAAAAUAUUUCUUAGCACUUAGUACUUCUGUGAUGACCUACGAUUGUACUGCAAAUCACAAUAAACUUACAUCUCUCAAAUGCA